UGUUUCAAAUGUUAUUGAUAAGGUGAGCUUUAUUUUUUUUUCUAAUUUUUGUAUUACAAAUACUUCGGCUUAAUCGGGAAUAAUUUCCACAUGGCCAUAGAACAUAUAGGAUUGACGCAUUGAUGCAUAUGCAUUACAUUCAUUUUGAAAACAUUUGAUUUUGUGAAUACAUUUCAAUAUAAUAGUGUAUGUGGAUUUUUAGGAGAUAUUAUUCCAAUAAAAACCCUAAUAUUGGCAGAAAAUAUCAUCAAAAAAAAAAAGUAAGGCUUUUAACUUAGAGUCAUUCUUUCACUCUUGUUAGCAGUGUUAGUUGUUGUCUCGGUGUUAUUCAUUGUUUUUUUUUCUUUAAUAUGAAACGAGAGAGUAUUGCUGUUUGACGGGUGUACGCUAAGAGAAACGGGAAGAAUAUUUUGUUUUGAGCUAAUGAAUGAAGAAGAGGGAAAACGUGAAACAAUCCAGCAGGCGGAAAUAUAAGAUAAAUAUUCCUAGAGGAAUAUAAGUGUGUACAUGAAUAUAAGUUUAAGGCCCAUUUUGACACCGAACGCUAAAAUGUUCGAAUUAGAAGAGGUUUUCUAGUUACAUACUAUUUCAAGGCUUCAAAGCUGAAAUAAACAUCUUGAGUAAUUUAUAAAAAUUGAUUCACAAAUGAGAGUCAUCCAUUCUAUUUUUUUUUUCUCGGCAUUUGGAACUUUGUAAAGAACACCCUAACAAAACACUUUUAACAGUUCCGUUUUUGUGGAAGAAUUGGGGCGGUAGUCAUUCAAUGAAUGGUUUUUCAAGUCAAUUAUAAUUUCUAAACUCAUAAAAUUUAGUUCGCUGUUGCACAAUAUAUUCUUUUUUUAUAUUUAUUGAAAUAAACUUCAAAGGGUGUGAGUUUAAGUGGGUGAAUGUUUGAAAAAGCAAACGUCGGUUAAAUUAUUGUAAUAUUAUUAUACAAAAAUAAUGAGAUCGCGAUGGAUUUCAAAUCAUCGUAUAAUCGGUUCACACGAGAAGUGAAAGAACGAUUUAUUUACUUCAAAAAAAAUAUUUCUAAAGAUGUUGCCGAAUGGAAAGGCAAAUUUGCUCCAACAGUACAAGCUGAUGAUAAAUUACAGAAACUUAUAGGUACGAUCGAAAUUUGCAACGAAAUUAAUAAUAGGAUAGAAUCUAAAUUCCUCGCAUUUGAACGAAGAAUUAUAGAACUAGAAAAUGAGAAACACCAGAUGAAGGUGGAUAUAAAAAACCUUCAACAUGAAAAAUGCCAGUUAUUAAACAAACUGAGUAAUUUUGAUGAAAUAGAACAAUCAAACAAGAAAUUGGAGAAUAAUUUGGACCGGGAAAUUAGCGAAAAAACUGGCUUAAAACUAAUAGUUGAAGAAAGGCUUCAAGAUAUCAGUCGGCUAGAGAAACGACUCAAAAAUGAGAAAAAUUCGCACUCAGUUAUUCAAAGCACAAAAAUCUCGCUAGAGAAAAAAAUUGAGCGCCUGCAGAUGCAGCACUCCGAAUCGAAAAAAGCAGACGAAAUAAAUACUGCCAAUUGGAAAAUCAGGCUCAAAGAAAGCGAAACGAAGCUUCAAAAUGAAAGAUACAAAAAUACACAGCUAACGGAGAAACACUUGCUAUUGGAAGAAUACAAGCGGAAAACGUCUGGAGAAGUCGAGGAGCUGCGCACGUUGCUGCAAGAAAAUAAGUUCGCUCUAGAACAAGAAAAAAGGAAAAACAAUCAAGCAAAAACGCAGCUAAAAGCACUGAUAAAAAGGAAUCAUGAACUCGAAGAAAAAAAUAAAACGACAGAGAAUCAAUUGGAACUGUGCGCUAGUAAUAACGCCGAGUUAAAUAAUACAAAUGAGCUUUUGGACAAUCGAUGUCGAUCAUUAAAGAACGAAUUGACAACUAAGGAACAAGAAAAACUAUGUUUGAACGACAAAAACAAUUGCUCGACGGACGAAAUAAUGGGAUUGAAAAACUCGAUUAAGGCACUGGAAAAGAAAUUGAAAAAUCACAAUGAAACCAAAAUGGAAAACCAUCGUCUGAACACAUUGAUUGGACAGUUUCAGGUAGAAUUGAACACUUUGGAAAAAGAAAAAACGGAUCUUAUCGUUGCUGCUAAAAAGAAAGAAAUGGAAGAUUGGAAGAACAACGAUAUGGAAACAAAGAAGAAUAAUGAACCAAAGAAAUCAAAUCUGAACAGCAGACAGGAGUCAUUUAUAAAAAUAAGAUGGUAAUAUCAAACAAGCUAUCAAGGUAAAUAUCCCCAAUAUUUGGAUAUUUUAAAAAGGGGCAAUGUGGGAAAAUUUUCUAAUUGAUGUGGCUUUAUUAAUUUUUUUUUCUCUUCUCGAAACAUAAAGUGGAAUCAAAGAAGGAACAACUAUUAUUAACAGUAUUCCAUCAAUUCUGUAAAAAAAAUGCUAAUUUCGUUUGAAAAAACAUUUCUAUCUCCCAUACUUCAAUAGUAUGAUCAGGGAAAUAUGGGGAAAUGCACUUAUCGAAUUUUAAAUGUGUGAUUUUGAAUUUAAAACAAACACACUUUGGAAGUGGGAUUUUUAUAAAAUGCAAAAUUUGCAUUAAAGUUUAUGAGUAAUUAAAAAUGUGGGUCAAAAUUAAAUUAUCAAACAUAAAAAAGAAACAUAAUAGCGCUAUAAAUGUGAAGAUAAUUAAUGGAAGAGGAAUACACACCCUUCAAAUAAAUGAUAAUGGAAGAGUCAUACAAACCCUUCAAAUAUAUGAAGAAAGAAAUAAAAGAGUGAACAAGGGGAUGUUAAUAAACAUAUUAUACAAAGAGAUAUUUUUCAUGUAGCUGCAAAAGCUCAACAAUGUUGGUCGAUAAGACGUUUUGGGAAAUUUU